AUGGACACAAGUAGGAGCAUAAAAACCUUAAAUGACAUAACCUCUUUACCUUUCAACUUCCGCUCAAGAGCUUCUGCUCUACGUCCUGUCUGCUUAGCACAAUUCAAGAAGCAUUUCAAUUCUUAUCUUUCAUUAUCUCAGCUGUCCUCUCCUAUUUGUUCUCUAUCUGAAAGAGGAAAUGGGAAUUCUUUGCCGAAUGGAGUGGGUGAGGGAGUUAGUCAAGUCUCUCAUUAUAAGAAGCUUCUUCAAGUAGUACUGGUUUCACCUCAGGCACUAUCAGCAAUAAAUGUGCUGAAAGCUGAUGUUCCUAUCUCUCGUUACAACCUCAAUUUCUCAAGGCUACCUCUUUCUGUUGUUCCUUGGCAGAUUCCUGGAAAUACAGGUUGCAUUGCAAGAACAUGUGCAGCUGCAGCAGUUGGCCUACACUUACCCUUAGGAUUCCAAGUUGAUGAUGCAAAACUAAAGCGUGCUGGACUAGAUUACUGGCCAUAUGUGGUUGUGAAAGUUCAUGACUCUUGGGCGGAGUUUCAACACUACUUCAGGCAGCAGGAAGGGGAUAAACGGUUGUUGGCAUUUACUAAAAGAGGAACAGCAACUCAUUCAGAAUUCUCCUAUAGGAAAGGCGAUUAUCUAGUUUUUGGCUCAGAAACAUCUGGCUUGCCACCUGAAGCCUUGCUGGACUGCAAAAACAAAAUGUUUGGUGGUGGGACAGUUAGGAUACCAAUGGUUGAAACAUAUGUUAGAUGCCUAAAUCUCUCUGUGAGUGUUGGUAUCGCUUUGUAUGAAGCUUCUAGACAGUUGAACUAUGAGCAGCUUCAAUUCCCCUCAGGAAAUUGUGUGAACGGCGAACAGUCAUUUAUCACUGAGGAUAGUUUUGCUUGA